AUGCCUGUUAGACUACGUAUCAAAACCGCUAUAAUCAACGUACGGCCUAGACGGCAAGUUGCUCGCAAGCGUGUCUAUGUGGUGAAUCCUAAAAGAGGUGUGCGAAGGAAUGUACAACGACGUCCACUUAAAAGAGCACCAAUGCCAUCAGUAACCGACGAUCCCAUCUUUUGGAACAAGAUAGAUACUUUACCUCAAAGUCUUUGUAAAUAUCUCAAACCUAACUGCGACAUCUCGUCUAUCACCUGCUUCAACCUCCGACGGCUUAUUUGGCAUUUUGAACCAGACAAAGCAAUUUCAGAGUGCUUACGUAGUGAGAAUAGUCUUCAACUAUCAAUCGGAAAAAUCGGAGAUCAAUUGGACUCUAAAAACAUUUAUGUUAAUGGAUAG